UAGGGUAGAUGGUAGAUGGCGGGCGGUACAACAUGGCUCACGCACGAUCAGGCAGACGACUCAACUUGGCUGUCUGCGGCGGGACUCUGCUCAUAUGCUCUGACCAAGUUGAUUCGAGGGGAUCAUGGUUCCAUCUUGAAAAAAUUAAAACUAAAAGUUAUAUUUCUUUGUGGAUUGUCUGCACAGGACUUGGAAUUUGGGAAUUUGUCGGUCUCCCCUUCCACUUUGAACUCCAAAAAUAAAACACCGGUAACAACGCCUUGUCAUCUACGUUCACUCACACUGGGUCGGCGUCAAAACGAUGCUAUCCAGAGGAAACCAAAGUCGGCUAGCCACAGCAUUUUGUCUCAAAGAAUUGCGAUUCGGGCAUCCUUGCAGAAAAAUAUCAAGCUGAUGUUGACUCCGGAACUAUUCAGGGAAGAUACCAGCGAGCCAUUCAAUCUAGAUGCACCUUUCAGGCAACGUCGCCAGCUACAGGCAGCUGACCUUGGUAAAUCUGGAGUGCCGUCAUUUGGAAUUACUAAUUCUUCCCGGACAAAGAUAAUGAGGGAAUUUGCUCAGUACCGAAGUAAACAAUUUGAGGCAACGACACCGAUUUCCAAAACGGUUGGCGCGUCUCUUACUCAAACAACGCCAGUUUCAGCAAUAAAACGAAGAUGCACUCCAAAGUCGUUGUUUGGAAGCCUCACUAAUCCCGAUAUCGAAAUGUCAGAAUCAAGCGAGGACAGGCAAUCAAGAGAUAACUAAACUAAGCAUACAAAUAACAGCAAUAGAUUUGUCUUCACUUUUUAUUUGACUAACUUAUUAUAACUUUUAUACUUUUACCUUUGAUUAAUGACUCAGAAUUAAUCAUAUGCAUAUAAUGAAGUUCUCAACAAGACACUAGAUUGGACUGCAUUAUUACGCUCAAUAUGACUCCACUGUGCCUUUAGUCUAGUUAAAAUAUAAUAAAGUAGUACACAUUUUUUGCCAUAAAA